GAAAUCAACCCACAAUUAAAAAUGUGAUUCUGACCUAGCAUCAAAAUCGGUUAGGGUUUUAAAGAAUUGCCGAAAUAAGAAAUGCGGGUUUGACUUACCCAAAUAAUCGCCGGCGUCGGCGCAGACGGAGAAGCGAGAAGAAAGCCUGCCGAGUUGAGCCCGACACACCGCCGACGCAAAAGGGGAAAAAUGAAAAAUGUCGAUGGAAACCGCCGUCGGAGUCGCUGAAAUAGAGAAUGGGUGACUCUCGAUGGAAACCGCCGGACGAGGAAGACCGCCGACGCAAAGGAACACAGCUCGAAAAAGGAAACCGCCGGAUGAAAGCCGCUGUCCCGCUGAAACAACCGCCGACGAAGCCGCUGAAACAGAGAGCGACGCGCCGCGCCGAACGAGGAAGACUCUCGAUGGAAACCGCCGCGCCGGACGAGGAAGAACGCCGACGCCGGACGAGGAAGACUCUAGACGAAAAUGGCGAUUCUGAGAAAAUGGGGGAAACGGAGAAGAAGAAGUCUCUCUCCCGUGAAAAUGGUUGGUGAUUCUCUCUCCUCUCCCACGAACAGGUUUUAUUCUGACAUAAAAAACAAAUUUUUUUAAAAUAAAACCUAAAUGACUAA